GCCAGCCGGUGUGCUUUCGUAAAAUCGCCAAGAUUGCAUAACGCGCUCGAUCCAAUUGCUGGGCAGUGGGCCAAUAACAUUCUUCUCUAGUUUCGGGUAACCGGCAUCGGCUCGAACGCAAUGAACGACAUCCGGCUGCUGAAGGAUCAACAGCGUGAAAAACAUCCAGGCUUUGAUUCGUACAUCGAGUGUAUGAGCCGGUCGUUGUUGACGGGUUUGGCGACGUUUUCACUCGGAUUCGCCGGUAUCUACUUCCUGCAACAGAUCGGGCAACGCUAUCUGCCGUACACUAAGAAAGGCAACAUACUGGUGGCAACGCUUGUUGCAACCGGUGCUGCGUACAAGGUGACCUCGGAUCGUACCCGUGCCUGUCAGGCACGGUGGAUGGCCGUAGAAGAGAAGUACAGCGUACUGCAGGAAGCAAUCGAGCCGGGAGCCGCAUCAAACGAGACGACAAUUUAG